CCCAGCUACCUCCGCCUGGGGAUCUGCCAUUUGGGGCUAAAUUGACUGCUUAGAGGAGCUGACGCCUGGCCUGCUGAUUUGAAAAGAGAUAUGGUGAAGGAAAGCCACUGAUGGCCGCAUGUCUCCAGCUGCCAGGGAGUAGAGGAAUUUACCUAUGACUUUGUCAUAGGCUGGCCACAAAGCAAGAAAUUCAACUGUGUGGAAGACAAUGACUUGUACACUUUUGUUCUUCUGUUUGGUGUUUCUUUUGCCCACAGAGUCCUGUAAGAUAUUAAGUCAGGCUGCCAACAAAAACACGGAGAAGGUGCCUGCCAGGCCACAUGGUGUAUGUGAUGAUGUCUGUAUGGACAAUUCCCAUUGCAGCCAACCUUGCCCUCCAGGCACUGAGGGAAAUAUAGGAUUUUCAUGCAGGAAAAACAAAUGGUACAAAGUUACUGAUACCUGCCGGACUCUUAAUGCCUUCAACAUCUUUGAGGAGGACUCAUAUUUAGCUAAACCAUUUGGAGAAACCAUAAGAAUAAAUGAAUAUUCUGGAAAAUCUGAGACCAUAACAGAUAUGUUGAUGCAAAAGUGUCCAAAAGAUUUGUCUUGUGUGAUUAAAAACAUUAAGCGGUCUCCCCGGAUACCAGGAAACAUCGCUGUCAUUGUACAGCUCUUACACAACAUUUCAACAGCUCUGCUGACAGAUGUUGAUGAGGCAAAGAUGAAGAGUUACAGCACCAUGGCCAACCACAUUCUUAACAGCAAAAGCAUUUCAAACUGGACCUUCAUUCCUGAGAGAAACAGCAGCUGUGUUCUGCUUCACUCAGUCAAUUCCUUUGCAAGAAAGCUUUUUGUAAGUAAACAUCCCAUUGACAUAUCAGACGUCUUCAUUCACACCAUGGGCACCACCAUUUCUGAAGACAACACAGGAAAGAAUUUCACUUUUUCCAUGAAAGUUAAUGACACUGGCAAUGAAGUUACCGGGAGGGUGUUGAUUAGUCAAGAAGAACUUCAGAAGGUGCCUUCCCCUUCUCAGAUCAUCAGCAUUGCAUUUCCAACUCUUGGGGCCAUCUUGGAAGCCAGUCUUUUGGAAAGUGUCACUGCAAAUGGGCUUGUUCUGUCUGUCAUUUUGCCCAAGGAACUUAAAAGAAUCUCACUGAUUUUCGAAAAGAUCAGCAAGUCAGAGGAAAGGAAGACACAGUGCGUUGGCUGGCACUCCCUGGAGAGCAGAUGGGACAGGCAGGCCUGUAAAAUGAUUCAAGAAAACUCCCAGCAAGCUGUUUGCAAAUGUUGGCCAAGCAAGUUGUUUACCUCUUUCUCAAUUCUUAUGUCACCUCAGACCUUGGAGAGCCCAACUCUGAUUUAUAUCACAUACAUAGGCCUGGGCAUUUCGAUUCUCAGCCUGAUCCUUUGCUUGUCCAUCGAGGCCUUGGUGUGGGGUCAAGUGACGAAGACCGAGAUCUCAUACUUACGCCAUCUGUGUAUCGCUAACAUUGCGGCCACCUUACUGAUGGCUGAUGUGUGGUUCAUUGUGGCUUCCUUUCUCAGUGGUUCAGUGACACACCACAAUGGGUGUGUAGCAGCAACAUUUUUUGUUCAUUUCUUUUACCUUUCUGUGUUUUUCUGGAUGCUUGCCAAGGCACUCCUCAUCCUCUAUGGAAUUCUGGUUGUUUUCCAUACACUGCCCAAGUCAGUCCUGGUGGCAUCUCUCUUUUCAGUGGGCUAUGGGUGCCCUUUGGUCAUUGCUGUUAUUACAGUUGCUGUCACGGAGCCUGGCAAAGGCUACCUACGGCCAGAGGCCUGCUGGCUUAACUGGGACACCACCAAAGCCCUCUUGGCCUUUGUGGUCCCAGCUCUGGCCAUUGUGAUAGUCAACCUGAUCACGGUCACACUGGUCAUCACCAAGACCCAGCGAGCUGCCAUUGGCAGUUCCAUGUUCCAGGAAGUGAGAGCCAUUGUGAGAAUCAGUAAGAACAUCGCCAUCCUCACACCACUGCUGGGUCUGACCUGGGGAUUCGGAAUAGCCACAGUCAUUGAUGACAGCUCCCUGGCCUUCCACGUUAUCUUCUCCCUGCUCAACGCAUUCCAGGGCUUCUUCAUCCUGGUGUUUGGAACAAUACUGGACCCGAAGAUAAGAGAAGCCUUAAAGGGUCGAGUGAACUCUGUGAAAUGGAUCGCCAGAAUAUCAGAGGACCUUUCUUCUGAAUUCUCUUGUCAACCCACCAAAGGGCCAAGCUAACAAACUACAUGCAUUCCUAACUCAGGAGGUUGUUCAUUCCAGGAAUGGCAGACCCGAAAGAAGAAAUGUGCUUAUUCCUGUCUUCUUGCCACCAGAGAGAAUGAAGGAAACCUCACGCCGUGGAGCUGUCAGAGGAGGGCACGAAAUGUGCGGAGGAUGGAAGUCCUUCUUCUGAGUUGUUCUGUGCUACUGAAUACGUCUUGCCCAUGAACCAUAUAUAUACAGAUGUGACUCCUUUGGUCAUAAGCCAAGUGAAAAUCAUAGAGUUUGAAUCAGAAAGAAAAAACAAAACAAAACAAAACCCUAUUUCAAGUCAAGGAGGCAGAAGCCUGGAGUUGUGAGCACAGCUAAUCAAAGGUUGAGCCAGAGGCAGAAGCCCAAGUCUGUGGACUCCCAGUUCUUGACUUUCUCUCCAAGAUCAGGUAGCCACUGAAGGGCUUUCUGUUUAUACUUUCUGUCACCAACACUGUAUAUUUGAAGCCUGUGAUGGGGAAAGGGAAUAUCAUAUUUCAAGGUCAAAGCUGCUCAUUUUCUUAACUUUGUAUGUAAACAAAUUUAACCUUCAAACCAGGUGUUGCUUGAUAGAGAACAAUGUUAUAGGUAGAAGCCCCUUUACAGAGUAAGUGCAUUGCCAGCUGCCGCAGGAGAAAACCAAGGAACAGUGGAUGAUCCCAAUUAUCUCACCAAGAAGCCAGUGUUAUUGAUGUUCCAGUAGAAAUGGGAAUGUGAGGCUCGCUUUGUGCACGAGUAGUGUCUCUUUAUUUCUGGUUUGUUUUUUUUUUUUGCUCCAAGGAAUCUUCCUCUAAGUGAGAAGUUUGAGAAGGCAAAGGAAUAAUAAAGAGAUUCAUCAGAAGGUAGAAAAAAUGCAUCAACCCGGAGAAAGAAUGAUCUUACAAGAGGCAUUGCUUAUAUUGGGACAACAAUAGCAUUCUUCUCAAAUGGAGUCAGAAAGUGGUUUGAAUUUGUCUUUUAACAAUAGACCUGAAGAGACUUUUUAAGAGGAGGUGAGAUAGGCAUAGCCCUGAUUUUUCUCAGUGCACAGAAAUUAGGCAUCAAGAAAUGCCACUUAUCCAGAGUCAAUAUAUUGAGGCAAAGAUGGAAUCUUAUAAAGCCAAGUAGUUAGAUGACUGUAAAUCUGGACAGACUUUAGAAAAGGCGAAAUCUUAUUGCCUCAUUUUACAGCUGAGGAUUCUGAGUACAGGGACAGAAGGAGGGAUUAGCCUGUUGUUUGUAUCAUGCAUUAAGCAGUCACAGCUGGUAUGAAAACACUACAGUGUACUCACUUCUGGAGAUAGGAUAUUGGGAAACAUACCCCACCAUGCUCAUCAUUAAACCAAGAAAGGCCAGUGGAUGGUACAAGAAACUACAGAAUUAUUUGGGGACUCUGUGAAGAAGUUGUGCUCACUCUUCUGCAGCCCCAAACUACUCUGUACCAUCUUAGAAAAUGUCGAGGAACUGCAUGGGAUAGGUUGGCUCCUGAUGACCUUGACAGGGAUACAUGCAGUAUCCUGCUUACACCUCACAAAGGGGAUGACUUGGUCAGGUGGACCAAGGAGAAAUUGGUGCUAACACUGCGUAAGGCAGACUCAUGGGUAGAGUACUUUAUUUAUGGCCAUCCUUGGGAAAGUCAUUUAUAUUCCUUAGACUACUUUUCUGUAAAUUGAAGAUAAUAAAACCUACCUCAGAGGAUUACUGUAAAGAUUAAAUGUACAAAUGCAGGUAUUUAGAAUAGUACUUGGCAAAUAUUAAUUGCUCAUCAAAUGUUGAUUUUUUAAAAGAGUACUUGUGAAAAUGUGUACACAUACAAACACACGUAACACAAAAAAUGUAUAGCUCUGCUCUUUGCAUGAGAUUGGAUGUAGAUAUGCCCACAGGAACUAGUUGACUGACUGUUAAAUAAAAGAGUCAAGCAUUCAAUUUGGUCUGUUCAAUGUUAGAGUUAUCAGUCAACAAAAUCUGCUGAGUUUACUACCAUAGAAUGAGCCUUUUAUCCAGUGCUACUCUGAUAAUGAUACAUGGUUCCCUGCCUUGGAAACAAGAGUGUGUGGCACAGGGCUCUAAGCCCUGUCCUUGUCUAAGGUUAGCUUCACUUUCUUUUUUUCCGGAGAAGUAUUCCCUGAUUGGUCUAACCAGAAAUGCUGAUCCUCCUUCCUUAAUGUUUUAUGUGAUUUAUAACCUGUCCCAUUCACUUUACAUCGGUAUAUAUUGUGUUAUAUUGUUUACUUUGAGUCCUUUAUGUGCAUAAAUUUUCUUUCCCAGAUGAGACUGUAAAACCUUGUUGCUCACUGUGUUACCUACUUUCACAUGCUUAUAGAGCAGAGCAAGGUGCUUUGUAUAUAGAAUGUGUUCACUAAAUAUGUAAAGUCCUUUGGUUACACAACCUCUUGAUACUGGUUUUUCCAAAUCUCAAAUGACCUAGUGCUUAACUAGUGACCUAAAUAAAUCUGACCUAUUUCAACAAA